AUGGCUGGUGCUUCGGACAAAAAGCAGGCUGCAGCCAAUCUGCCCGCAACCAAUUGGCAUUACUUUGCAUUCAGUCUCCCCGGCUUGGGCUGUCAGUAUGUGCUCGAAAAGGUGGGUAGGCCCAAAUACCGCAUAAACCAUGAGGGCUACAGCGUUCUCACUUCUCCCGGGCAGGAUCUACAACAACAUGGUCUCACAGAGUACAUGAUCGACAUUGUUUACCUGACACUGAUAAUUGACGUUUUGAUGGUUCUUUUCGGCUCCAAUAAGGUGUGGCUGCUUCUUCUGGCCGCGCCUGCCUACGCUGGAUAUAAACUGAAGGGCUUCAUUGCGCCGCAAUUUGCUCGCAAGCAGAAAGAGGAGCAAAUAGAGACAGAGCCCGUGAAAAGCAAGCGGCAGCAGAAACUGGAAAACAGAAAGACGAAGGUCAGAUACAGGUGA